AUGUACUUCGCCCUCGUUAAAGUGUUCAAUGCCUAUGUGCCUUCCUACAUCUUCAAGUUCUGCUCCAUCGGCUGGGGUGUUCCUCUGCUGAUCUGCUGCUUGGUGUUGGUGGUGAAACCCAACUCAUACGGACUCCUGCAACACGGGAGCUCAGAAAUGCUCUGCUGGGUGUCAGACGACGUGGUGUUCUAUGUGUGUGUGGUGGGCGUGGUGGGCGUGAUUCUCCUGGUGAACGGUUUUGUGUUCCUCAUGGUUCUGCUGCAGGUGAGGAGGGCAUGUGUGAGCGAGCACAGUGGUGUGAUGAAGGAGCUGCGAGGCGUCACCAGUCUCACUCUGCUGCUCGGCCUCACCUGGAGCACCGCCUUCCUCACCUGGGGCGACGCCAGAGUCCCGCUGCUCUAUGUCUUCUCCAUCCUUAACAGCCUGCAAGGUUUCUUUAUUUUUCUGUUUCAAUGUCUGAUGAAGGAAAAUGUGCAUAAACAGUGGAGAGUGCACCUGUGCUUUGGACGCUUCAAACUGCAGGAUUACUCAGCGGAAUGGAGUCACACUCCUCCCAUCAUCAACAAACCCAGACACUGUCCGAUGUUGACCUUCCCCACUGUGGCUUCAGUCAGAUCCAAUAAAUCCAACUCCACUCAGAGCUCCUCAGCUUCCUCACACUGCAUUGAACACCACUUCAAUGUGAAGAGACCUGACCUGGAUGUGGUGUAUCAGCAGAGCUUCAUCCUGCCUCGAGCGCAGCGAGUACACACUCCGCUCCCCGAGGGUGCAGGGUACACCACACACUCCCUAAACUGGAUCCCUACAGAGGUUCCUGACAACCACGUUUACUUCAACUAACGCUCAUUUCCAGCUUCACGCUACUGUUCUGUUUGGCGAUUAAUGCAGGACCGGUCGCCUCUGGCUUACUCAUUAGGGUUAAAUUUAGAAAUGUCAAAUUUAUAUACAGAAUUUAUAUAUUUCUGUAA